UUUACUGUGAGUCAAUCACUCCAAUAAUAAAGAAUUUUCCAUUUCGUUGCAAAAUUGAAGCUGAAAUUAAAUUGCAUAUAUAUUUUAAGAAUGUUUAUGUGAAUUGCGUACAACAAACGCUGUCAACAGUGUAAAACAAGAUACAAUUACCAAAAGUACAAAGCGUGUUUGUUUAAAUAUAUUCACAAAGUAGUAGGCGCUGUAAAACAACAAAAACAACAACAAUGGUUGGAAUUAUUGAUGAUGCGCAGCUGUUUUAUCCGCUAGGCACACGCAUCAAAAUAGCCAACAAUUAUGGCACCGUCAAAUACGUGGGCGAGGUCAGUGGCCACAUGGGCACAUGGCUGGGCAUUGAGUGGGACGACGGGAUGCGGGGCAAGCACAAUGGCAUGGUCGAUGGCAAGCGUUAUUUCCAAACCCAAAUGCCAACAGCUGGCAGUUUUAUACGCCCCGGCAAACUGGGACCCUGUGCCACGCUGGAGGAUGAGGCACGGGAGCGAUAUCUGAAUUACGAUUCAAAAAAUGUGGACACAUCGUUGAUACGCGAGGCACAGGCCUCAAUGCAAGCAUCGCUCUUCGAAGUUGUGGGCAUGGACAAGAUUGCGCGCAAGCAAAGCAAAUUUGAACAGCUGACGGAGAUGAGCGUGGAUGAGACUCCAGUGAAUGCAGCCGGCUACCUGAAGGAUCUGACGCAGCUGACGACGUUGAAUGUGAGCCACACGCUCAUUUGGAAUUGGGAGAUUGUGGCCAGCAUAACGCAGCAGCUGCCCAUGCUCAGCAGCUUGAACUUGGGAUCCAAUCGGCUGGUGUUGCCCACAGAGACAAAAAUCAGUGAGCUGGUCCCAGCAUUUCGUCACUUGAAACACAUUAAUUUGGGCAAUUGCGGUUUUACGGAUUGGCAGGAUGUGAUGCAAACGGCGCUGCUAUGGCCGGACAUUGAAUCGCUUGGCUUGCAAGAGAAUGCACUGAGUCAACUGGACGUGGUCGACUGCAAUCGCAUUUUCAGGCAGUUGCGUGAACUGGAUCUGCAUCGCACCAAACUGAUGGACUUUGAUCAAGUGUGUAAACUGGGCAAUAUUCGUACCUUGCGUGUGCUCAAUCUUAUGGAGAACGGUAUUGAGCAGCUGCAGCUGCCAGACUGUGAGCCGCAGGCCAAGCUAAAUAUGUUUGUAUCUCUGGAGCAGCUUAGCUUAAUGCAAAAUCCCAUAUGGAAUGAGACUGAGGCAUUCAACGAGCUGGACAAAUUGCCACAAUUGAAGCGCCUAAACAAGACGCCGCAUUUGAAGUCAAGCUUCGAUGAAAUGUUUUCCAAGGCAGUGGCCAGCAUAGCCGGCAUACAGUUUAUCAACAAGGCAAAGGUAACAGCGGAGGAGCGCCGUGGAGCCGAAUAUGAUAUAUGGAAAAAGUAUGCAUUAGACUGGCUGCAGGCAACCAAAAUGGGCGCCGAUGCACUGCGCGAUUUCUACAAGAAACAUCGUACCUAUUUGCUGAUUGUUAAUAAAUAUGGAUCGCCAGCUGAUUUUGUGCCGCGCAUUCAGGCCAAACAAUCGAAUCUCAUUAAAGUGCGUAUACAGCACCGGCUGACAGGUGAAGUUUGGGAAAAGAAGGUGCCCCGCAUGAUAACUGUGCAAACAUUACAAGGACUGGUCAUGAAGCGUUUUCAUAUAGCCGGAGAUACGCCGCAUCUGUGCUAUAUAGAUGCCAAACAUCCGGAGCUUGUCGUGCAAUUGGAAAAUAAUGCUAAAACAUUGGAUUUCUAUUCAGUGCAGGAGCACGAUACAGUGUUGGUUGAAUAGUGCGGCACUACGGAAUGCAAUUUUUUUCGUACCUCCCUUUACUCCAGUAACCCCUAAUUUGGUAUUUAAUUGUGGUAUUUUAGCUCUAAAGCAAGCACAAAACAAAUUCAAAAGACGUGCAUGUUGAAUUAUAUUAUAUUAACUGUGACAGCCUUUGUAACCUAUGCAAUGCAAAAUUAAUAAUGUUAAUGUUAGGUACUUAAGUUCAAAUUCCGCUUUCCGAUUAUAUUUAUAUUAAUUUUUGUUUUGUUUUUGCAAAGUAAAAAGGAA